CCACUCAGUUACAGCUUUGAUAUCUUUAGCGCAGUAAUUCACGGCAUAAAGACCCUCUUCCUCGUUCCUCCGGCUUAUGAAUCUCUUUCUCCAAACUAAAAAUCUUGCCCUCAACUCCUACCAGCUCGCGCGUGCGGCCAGAGCUCUUUCGCCCCGCAUUCCAAUCUCCGCCUUCAAUCAAGUAGCCUUUAGACGCACAAUGGCUUCCGCAAUGGCUAAGCGCCUCGAGGGCAAAACCGUCGUCGUCACAGGUGCUUCGUCGGGUAUUGGACGGAGCACCGCCCUGGAAUUCGCCCGGACUGCGCCCAAGAACCUUAAGCUGAUCCUUACAGCAAGGAGGAUCGACACGCUGAAAGAGAUUGCCACAGAGAUCACAAAAGAGGUGGGAGAUGGCGUCAAAGUUCUACCAGUGAAGCUAGACAUCAGCAACCCUGAAGAGGUGCGCAACUUUGUUGGAGGAUUGCCAGAGGAGUUUAAGGACAUUGACGUCCUGGUGAACAACGCCGGUCUCGUCAAGGGCGUAGCUCAAGCACCAGCUAUCGUCGAAGAAGACAUCAAUGUCAUGUUCGCAACCAACGUCACCGGCCUCAUAAACAUGACACAAGCAAUCCUUACUAUCUUCAAAGCACGUGCAGACGGGGGGAGGGGGGAUAUUGUCAACAUUGGAAGCAUUGCUGGCCGUGAGCCGUAUCAGGGUGGGAGCAUCUACUGCGCAACUAAAGCCGCUGUGCGAAGCUUCACAGACGCGCUGAGGCGAGAGCUCAUCGCUACUCGGAUAAGGAUUAUUGAAAUUGACCCUGGGCAAGUUGAGACUGAGUUCAGUGUGGUUAGAUUCUAUGGAGACAAGGCCAAGGCAGAUGCAGUCUACGCUGGAUGCGAACCACUUACACCGGAAGAUAUUGCGGAGGUCGUUGUAUUCGCAGUUGGGAGGAGAGAGAACGUGGUCAUUGCUGAUACUCUGAUCUUCCCUAGUCAUCAGGCGGCGGCAACCGUUGUGCAUAAAAAACCGACAUAGAUAGCGAUAGACUGAUGACGUUGCUUAGGCUGGCACAGGAAAUGCGAUGUACAAAAAGCCCGCUUGAUAGAUACAUUGCCAUUGGCACAAUAAAGAGUUUCUCUCAAUUACAUGAGUUAGAGUUGUCGACAUCACGGCCUUCCGUCAAGUCACUUGAGCGCAGUCGUUUCAUACCGUCGUAUGCUCAGGCAAUGAUUUUAUUGCUUGGUUCAAGAGCCUUCCUCAUAUUUUAGUCUUUCAGGGAAGGACAUAAUGGGGGGCAAACCCGGCCGAAACUGUUGAACGCUCUCAGAUCUUGUCACGAAAGGCAAUGACAGAAUUUUGU